AUGAGCGGAGAAAAUCGACUCAAAAAUUUAAUCAGUCAAGCCAAAGUUAAACCAGAUAUUGAAGCAAUUGAAAACGAAUUGAAUAAAAAACCACUUAUUUCGGCUAGUGAACUUCAAAAUCUGGAUUAUAAAGGUAAAAUGAUUAAUUUAGCCGCAGCCACUGACGCACAAAGAAACAGCAAAAAAAAUGAGAUAAUUACCGAAAUUACUCAACUUAGAGAAAGCAAGUUAGCACCAGUUCGGGAAAUAAUUACUAACGCUCAAAACGUUUUGAAUAAAGACAGUGUAACCAAAGAGGAAUUAAAAAAGGUUAUUACUGACUUAAAAGUUAUUGCGAGUACUUCAAGUGAUAAUAAAUUAAGCAAAAUUAUUCCUCCGGAACCCGAGAAAGAAGGACCAAAAACUCCGGAAAGUCCUCCUCCCCCACCUCCUCCGAAUCCGGAACCGGAAGAAGAGGAAAAAUUUGGGGAAGACUAUGCUGAACUAAAAGCGACUCAACAAGCAGGACGACGAAAGAUUGUGGAAAAUUGGAAAAAAGAAGAAAAUUAUGAACGUAGCAAAAUUUGCUGUUAUUGUUCGCAAGAGUUUCAUUAUGAUAAAAAUUUAGAAUAUUUGCUGGCUAAACAAAAGGCAGAAAAAGAAUUAUCAGAACACGAGGCCGCUUGUUCGUUUAAGAACAAGCCCGAGGAAGCAAAAAAUGUUAAGCAAAAUAAUUGGCAGAAAGUUAAAAAUACCAAAAACCGCUAUUUUUAUGCUUGCCGAAAAUGCUGA